UUUAUUCCUCCCUUUGUCAGGGUUUUGGUGGGAGAGGCGGGUUUAAAUAUUAAACUUAGAGAUAUUAAAUUGAGGGUCAGCAUAGCAAAUGUCGCAUCCGCCUCCGGAACGUCAAAACUCCAAAGCGACUACGCUGGAGCUAGCCCUCAAACCGGAGCUACUACGGGGCAUGAGCCGCUGGAAUCUAGUGAAUGACCUCCCAUGCUAUCAUCGACUAGUACAACCCAUUGUCCAAGGUCACCAUGUCCUCGCCCAAGGCCCAUUCCCUCUCAAACGGAUGUACCUCGUGGUGUCCAUCCUCCAACGGAUCAAUACAGCGCCUUCGUCGGACCUUCCGUCCCAAUGCCAAGCUCUGAUCGUAAGCCCCACGUUUGAAUUGGCAUGGACGGUGAAUGGCAUCGCCCGAACGAUGGCGUCGACAAUGGCGUCGGUGAAUGUCUAUUGCUGUCCUAGGGGGUUCCGUGAUGCUCACGACAAGAUUGUCGAGCUCCAAGGGUCGGAGAGGGGGCGGGUCCCCGAUAUAGUCGUCGGGACACCUGGUCGGAUCUGGGAGUGUAUCAUUCGUGGAUGGUUGAAGACUGAUGCAAUCACCUUGCUCGUCUUUGAGGGGAUGGAUGAUAUUUUAGUUCGCGGAUACGAUGAAUCUGUUCUACAGGGGAUCCUGCAGAUGGUCGCACACGGCAACACGCAGGUCGUGGUGCAAUCCGAUAGCUUGCAUAUGUGGAGAAGGAUUUGGAAGCUGGUGGGCGACUUUAUGCCUUCCCCGGUGCGGGUAUGGGAUAUUUAGGGCUGUCAUGGAAAUUACCUUCGACUCUUUCGUACAUUUGUUUCUACUAUAUGUUGCUGUAUGUUUCCCUGCAUGUGAGGCAUACGUUCGAUUCAUUGCUGGGCUGGAUCUCCGGUCGGGGGAAAUAAUAUGGCCCGGCCCGAGGUUACGGUGUUAUCCGAGUCGAACUCACUGCAUUUAGCCGCACCGGCAAUUUCCCAAUCAGCGAACUUCAAC